GGAAAUUGAAGCAUGGACAGUUGGAGAUUUUUGGCCGAAGUCUGGCUUUAGUCUCUGUGCCCAGCUGCACUGCCUUCCAACAAUCACGAAGUCCUGGUGCUUGAUGGCCGGGGCCAUCUCCUGGGUCGCCUGGCGGCCAUCGUGGCCAAGCAGGUGCUGCUGGGCCGGAAGGUGGUGGUCGUGCGCUGCGAGGGCAUCAACAUUUCUGGCAACUUCUACAGGAAUAAGUUGAAGUACCUGGCCUUCCUCCGCAAACGCAUGAACACCAACCCAUCCCGUGGCCCCUACCACUUCCGGGCCCCCAGCCGCAUCUUCUGGAGGACCGUGCGAGGCAUGCUGCCCCACAAGACCAAGCGGGGUCAGGCUGCCUUGGACCGCCUCAAGGUGUUCGAUGGGAUCCCACCCCCCUACGACAAGAAAAAGCGGAUGGUGGUUCCUGCUGCCCUCAAGGUUGUGCGGCUGAAACCCACCCGAAAGUUUGCUUACCUGGGGCGCCUGGCGCAUGAGGUUGGCUGGAAGUACCAGGCGGUGACGGCCACCCUGGAGGAGAAAAGGAAGGAGAAGGCCAAGAUCCAUUACAGGAAGAAGAAGCAGCUCAUGAGACUACGGAAACAGGCUGAGAAAAAUGUGGAGAAGAAGAUUGGCAAAUAUACUGAGGUCCUCAAGACCCAUGGACUCCUGGUCUGAGCCCAAUAAAGACAUUAUUCCUCAA